UGCAAAGUGAUCUGUGAGGUAGGUUCUGCGAUUGAUGGUUGGUUGUUGGAGCCGUUGGAAUUUUUGAUUUAUUCACGGAACUUUUUUUCAUGCUAUCGUAACACUUAUAAAUGGAGCGACUGGGUAUUUUUGUGCAUUUCUUCCCCCACGGGAAUCCUACUAGCACCAGAAUUCUUUAGUGCAGAGCAAUAAGGAAACUUAGGCGAAACUCAUGUUGGUUACGUCUUUUUAACUCUGGAAUUUAACUCAAUGACUUUUGGAAAACUUUGUAAAUCGUGCAUUAUAACACGUAUGUAUAGUUCUACAGGACAAGCCAAAGCAAAAGAAACCAGAAGCUCGACUGACUUAAUGUAAUUGCAGAGACAAACUGAAAAUCUUUUUGCGAGGGAAAGAGAGGAGAGGUGUCAACGUAGACUGUUCAAUUGAUACGCUUCGUAUCCAUAAUCAUUUUGAUUAUUACUGGGAUUUUAUCUGGCAUUCGCAUCAGUUAAGCGAGAUACUACUACCUGUCGAGCAAUUUCUUUACGCUAAGACGAAACGAACCACGACGCCACAGUAUGGCACAUUGCAAUUAGACUCUGAAUGUCAAAUGUGACUUGAUUGCCGAUUAUUUCACGGAUUUCAGCAGGAGACCUCGGUUCACCAUUAAGCCAGUCACAAUACGAUGCCUCACAAGAAUUAAACUAACAUUUAAUCCAGGUGAAAGAUUAAGCAUUUUCUUACCACAAAGACCGCUUCAAGAUUAAAAACCACAAGGAUGCUUUGAAGCUCCGUUCACUGAGCUGGCAAGAUGGACGUAGCAUAUAACUUCACUGGAUGGAAUAUGUCGCUUCCUGUCAAUGUUUCAGAAGCGGGAAUGGUGCCAAUUGACAAUAGAACAGACGACUUUUUUGGCAGUAACCAAACGUGGAGUAUCAACAACGUUACCAAUGGCUCUGACAUUACACCUGACCCAAAUGGAAGUGUAAGCAGAUCUGAAAUCGACAUAUAUCAGGUACAUUUACCUCUAAAAAUCACGCUAGAACAAUGGGUACCGAUUGUUUAUUAUAUAUUUGGAUUAUCAGGGAACUUUUUAGCCUUUAUCGUAUGGAUACAGCGAAGAAUGCAGCAUUCGUCUGGAUGCUAUCUCGCUGCAUUGGCUCUCUCAGACUUGUGUUUUUUGUUACUCCAUAUGCUGUACGAAAUCCACUAUAUAUGGGGGCACAAGGUUUUUAAUGCAAACGGAGCAUGCCAGAUUUUCGCCAUCGUCUUCAUGUGGACCCAGCACAUGUCGCCAAUGUUCGUUCUGGCGUUCACCAUCGAGCGGUAUUUGGCGGUGUGUCACCCUUUUAAACGGGACAAGAUAUGCACGAAGUCCCUCGCCAUCAAAGUGAUCGUUUCAAUCACGGUGGUCUGUCUAUUGAUCGAUGGAAUGCAGGGUUACUUUUGGACAUACGUCUCGAAAGCGGACGACUGUGACGUCAGAGGCGAGACGCUGAUUGGAGGUGUCGGUUCGGUAUGGAGUGUGUGGUCCUGGGUCACAGAGAUCUUAAUAUUCGCAGUGGUGCCUCUCUUGGUGCUGAUUUUCAAUAUUCUAGUGAUACACGAGGCUCGGAAACUUUCAGAGAAUGAGAAAAUUCAACUGCAGUCACGGAAAGGACGAAGGACUUCGACUACCACUUUCAUGCUUCUUGCCGUGUCUUUUUUCCUAAUUUUCACAACACUGCCAGUGACAAUAGUCUAUAAUCUGUAUGCCGUUUUUCAGCAAGGCGAUCCAACCUUAUCAGAUGAAGAAAUUCAUUUAGACCAAAAAUGGCAGGCACAUCUGAAGUAUACUGCUAUAAAAACCUUGGUCCAAUACUUUGGAAUGGCCCACUAUGCAUGUAACUUUUAUAUAUAUUGUAUCACGGGGAAGAUGUUCCGAAAGGAGUUGGUCUUGAUCUUCAAAAGGGUGUUCCGAAUUCAAAUUCCAGUAAGCAGACGCGGUACUUUUAAUAGUAGUCUUCGAACCCAUAGCACGGGGUUUUCUUUGCGAAGUGGCGCUCUUAGAGCCAGCGAAAGAAGUAUUAGAAGUAAUAAGUCUAACGGUAGUAUCAAACCGAAUGGCCCUGAAAACACAACUUUAUUAUAAAUAAAUAAAUGAUAUUAAGAAAAUUGAUUUCUGCACAGUAUCCUGAAGGAAAUGACACACUUUUUGAGAACUCGCCAAAAGUUUAAGCAGAGUUCUGUUGCUUCUGGUACAUCUUUCGCGUCAGAGAAUGUCGCUUUGUCCAACUGUUUGGUUGUUUAUUGUUAUAUUUAUAUGCUUUAAAAAACUAGCCUGAUUAUGUACAUGUUAAUUAUUGUAAAUACCUAUUUCCAUAUUUAAAUCGGCUUUUGGUUGGUUUUAUAAAGGCAAUUUUGGUCUUUUCCCACUUUUGAAAAGAAAAGGACACAAUUUCAAAAAUCAUUUCACAAAAAAUAUUUGUGCAAUAGGUGGCAACUCCUAUACUUUCAUAACUGCUGAAUGCCCACUUCUUUUCGGUUCCUUUCUUUUUCUUAUAAAUAAUCAUAAUCAAAGUGCAUAUUAAUAAUAUCGUAUGUUUAAGUGGAAAAAUUAUGACCAAGUCAAAUAAAUGACGGCUGUUUUUCAUGAGCAAAAAAGGCAUAUGCGAUUUUGAUGCGGAUAUGUUAUUUUUUUCAUUGUGAGUUUAAAAUCUUUUAAAGGUACUUUGUAGAUACAAUAUAUUUAUUAUUUGCUCAGAUAAUAUCCAACUGUGCGUCUUAAAAUUGCAAAUAUCUAUUCAUUAACCGGCAUGUGUAACACCAUGUAUUCAUAUAUCACUAUAUUUAUAUGUGGAUAUAUAUAUUUAAAGCGAACAUAACACUUGCAAUAUAAUAUAUACACCUUAUAUUUAAAUUAUAAAUACGAGCCAUGAUAUUGGAACGCUGACAUUUUUCACAUUGGCCAUUUUCAAAUGACCGACGUCUUGGACAUGGGUCCUAUUCGAAUCCAGGGUAUUCAUGUGUCUUAAUGGGGUGGUAUGAAAAAGCACGUUCUCUCAACCGUCCUUCCUUCGUGUGCCUUCUAUAGUAGAUACUCUCAGGCAACUAACCUAAGUGAAAGAAAAUGUGAUCGCAGCUGGUAUGCACGCUUUUUAUAUUAGAUAUAUGCUUUUGGUGUUACACAUUUCUACCUGGUGAUUGCUAACUUUUAACCUUGGCUUUGAACUAUCUUAGCAAGAAAGUGCGUCCACUGUUAAAAUCCCUAUUGAUUUUUCUCUCUAUUUUGGUGUGAAUCGUUUUUGUAAGAUGCAAGAUACUCUGUCUAUUAGCGAACAUUUCUUGAUAAUUUUCGCUCAGAGUGAUGCUGUUGCGAUUCUUAGUGGGAACUAUU